GUGUCUGGGUCCCCAUGGCUGCUGUCAUGCCUCGCUCUCCCUCCCCAUUGCUUCCCAAAGUGGGGUCUGGCCGCGCGUGCCUGCAGGGAAGGUUACCCGGACACGUGCUGGGUGGCUUCACUGGAGUGUGAACAGCGGGUCGGUGUUUGCAUUCAUUACAAACCCGUUAAAAACUGGCUGGCUCAGCCCUGGGCAGGACCUGGCUCAACGUGCAGCUGAUCCUCAGCCCCUGGCAGUCUCUGGAGAAAGAAACCACUCCUUACCUUACCCUGGAGGUGUGCUCAGUGGGCAGCAGCUGCAGGUAAAAGGGCUUCCCGGCAUCUGUCCUCCGCUGCCUCUCCCCACCUGGCACCCAUGGCCGAGGAGAAGAACUUUCGCUACGGGUUCAUCAUGCUGGGUUUUUUCCUGGUGAUGACGGGGAUGUUCAUCAUGAGUGUGGAAAAGCCUCACAUUUACAUCACCUUCUGCACCCUGGGCAUCCUGCUCGUAGCUGUGGGCAUCACCUGGAGCAUGUGUCAGUGCUACCCGAAGAUAACAUUUGUCCCAGUGGACCCUGAGGCUGAGCGGUUCCUGGACCACAAACCCAUUGUGCUGCCAGAGAAGGACACCCGCUUGCAGCCACCCUGCCCCAACCAAGAGGCCACCAACACCUACGAGAAAAGCCUGCCAUCCUACGAGCAGAUCCAGAUUCAGGCAGCGGGCUCGGCCCCGCUCAGACCCACCACACAGCUCAGACCCCGCAGCUGCUCCCAACCAGCAGUGCAGGCGAAAGCAGAGGUCCACUGGGAACUGGAGGGUGUUGGAGAACCCCCUCGAGAGCCAACACCUCAGCUGGAAAUGGCAGCAGGCACCUGGCACAGCAUGCAAGGGCAGCUGCUACUUUGUCCCAUUGGCACGAAAGAGAACCUGGCAGCUCCUCACGGCCAACGCUGGGGGACGCGCCACUGGCAUCCCUCCUGGAGGACAUGGACACACCAUCGCUGGAGGGCUCCGUGCCUGGCAGCCCUGUGCCACAAGGCCGACCCCCACCUCUCUCUGCCGCCUACUCCAGUCAAACCCCAACCAGCUCCCCAGCUGGAGAAGAGCACCGUGGUUCCCCCUGCAAAGGCAGUGGGAAAGAGGAUGACCUCUAUUAUGGGCUCCAAGAGGGGCUGGAUGCUCUGCUUGAGGAAGGUGACCGCCUUUUUGAGCCUGAAAACUGAUUUCCUGGAGAGAAUGUCCACUUAGCAUGGACCCAUCUUGUGGAGGGAAUGAUGCAGCCUGGAAGAGAGGGAGCUGGGGCUGCCCCACGGAAGUGCAGUACCUGCAGCAUGGAGGAGUCCCCAGGCUCCUGCCUGUCCCCCAUGCCACACUGAACCCUUUGAACUCACCCAGCUGCAUGGGGGGCUGCCACUCCACAAAAGCCAAGGGAAGCACAGCCACCCACUGAAUUUCUGCAGCAGAGGGGCAAGGACCCUAGUGCUGGAGCCCUUUGGGAGGCUGCAGAUGCGUGAAUGCUGAGCUGGGCAGGAUCCAGGGAAAAUCAUGUGCUUAGGAAGGGAAAAGAUUAGCUCUGCUGCUUGAAACAGGAUCAGCAUUCAGGUAGGUAAAGAUGUAUUCACCCCAUGUAGGCUUUAGGAGGCAGAGAUGUCCGCAAGAGCUUCUUCCCACUUAUGAAAGACUUUCGGGAAUUAAAGUUAGAUUCUGAGACUCUCACACCUUGCAGACUUCAUAUUUUUGUCCUGGGAAGGCUCUCCAGGUCAGGAGGAGGGUGAUGGGCGGGAGAGACUGUGCAGUCCCUCAUCUUCUGCACAAGUAGCAGCUUCCAGCACUGAGAGGUGCAGUGGGAGGUCUCGGCCAAACUGAAAACCCAGUGAUGGCUCUGACUUCCUGAGGGCUUGCCAGGCUUCGUGAGGAAGACCAGUUGGCACCAGGAACUAUGAGCAUUUUGCAGUUUUCAAUCUGCUUGAGGUGGUGGCUUUGGGCAAGCUUUUCUCUCUCAGCUGGGUUGGUAUUAACAGCUGUGGCACUGUGGAUGACUGCAUGUGGGCACACAUAGUCCCCAAACUGCUUCUAAAUAAUAAGUGUUCAUUUCAUGUCACAUCAAUGGAACUAAGCCUGGUUUGUCACCAUGACAGGGGCAACACAGUGGCUUUUGAGCAGCCUGCCUACAACACCCAGAGACGCAGCACUGGUGGGAGCUGCGACCUCUGCCUACCCUUCGACUGCUCAGGGAUCUGUGUGGCUGAGUCUCUCUGGGGCAGCCUGGUUUGCCAGGGAGGAAGGUUGAAAGCAGCAGCAGAUACAGCAGUGUGGGACUGCUGAAUCCCUCCCCCUGUUUUGGUGAAGCUGGGCUGGAUGCUAGAUGUGCCCAUCACGGUCCCAGGAGCCUUCGGAGCAUGGAUAUGCUGGCAAAGUGGCUCUUUAGUAAACCUGUGGGGGCUGACAAGCCCAAAAAGGUGGGGUGGGCUGGGGAAUCUGUUCCCCAGCACCCAAAGGGGCUGGAGCAUGGGAGCCCUGGAAAGUAUGCUCCUUGUGUUCCUCUGCUGCCCAGGGAGUAUUUUGCUGGUGCAGUCCAAGGUGGUGCAAGAAAUGGCUCUGCCUGGGGUCUCCAAGUCCCCAUGACAACACUCCUGGUGUUCCUGUGCCCUUCACUCACCUUCGCGUCACUGCAGCAGCAAAGGGGGAUGGUGCCCUGCACACCCAGGAUGUUUAUGGCCAACGGUGCCAACAGGAGAGUGGGAAACAGAGACACUGGUGUUUGCUAAAUAUUGCCGGCAGAAUUGCGAGAGGCUGUCCAAAAGGAAGCAUUACCCAACUGUUUACACUUGCUCGACUCCUACCUGUCCUUCCCGGGGGGGGGGGGACGACACACACCAUUUGGGCAGGGCUGUGUCUUGCUGGGUUCUGGAGGGUGCCCAGGGCAGGAUGUGGCUCUGUGUAUUCAGUUUAGGACUCUGCUAAGAGACUUGAAAACUUCUGCCCAUCUCAUGUCCCAGAACUCCCUACCAUCUGGCAAAAGAAACUUAGUUUUCAAAAGCAUUUUCCUUGGUUAAGGACAGAGGAAAGGACGUGAGACAUGCUGGAGUGGCCAGGAGGUCGAGGGAGGUGGUUCUGCCCCUCUACUCCGCUCUCGUGAGACUCUGCCUGGAGUAUUGUGUCCAGUUCUGGAAUCCCCAACAUAAGAAAGAUAUGAACUGUUGGAACAGAUCCAGAGAA